AUGGAGAUGAUGCAGAGUGCCGCCGUGCUGCCAGCCGAGAGUCCCGUUAAAGCCCUGCCCGACAUGCUGGUACCACUGCAGCAGGUACCCGAGUGUGUGGGCUGUAACCAGAGGAUCCUGGAUAAGUUCGUGUGUAAGGUGCAGGACCUUCACUGGCACUCUACCUGUCUCAGGUGUGCGGAGUGUGAGGAGCUGCUGAGUGAGCGCUGUUACUGCCGAGGAGGAAACGUUUACUGCAGAGAGCACUUCUACACGCGGUUCGGGACGAAGUGCGCCUCCUGCCAGCAGGGCAUCCCUCCGUCUCAGGUGGUGCGUAAGGCGCAGGACUUCGUUUAUCACCUGCACUGUUUCUCCUGUGUGAUGUGCAGCAGACAGCUCGCCACCGGAGACGAGUUUUACCUGAUGGAGGACGGACGGCUGGUCUGCAAGGUCGACUACGAGACCGCCAAACAGAACGACGACUCUGAGACGGGGGCCAAGCGUCCGCGCACCACCAUCACGGCCAAACAGCUGGAGACGCUGAAGAGCGCGUACAAGAACUCGCCCAAACCGGCCCGUCACGUCCGAGAGCAGCUCUCCUCCGAAACGGGACUGGACAUGCGAGUAGUCCAGGUGUGGUUCCAGAACAGACGAGCGAAGGAGAAGCGGUUGAAGAAGGACGCCGGACGCCAUCGCUGGGGUCAGUUUUAUAAAAGCGUAAAACGCAGCAGAGGCACAGCGAAGGCGGAGAAGGAGAGUUCGGCCGAGGACGGAGGGAUGAGCGACAGUGAGCUCAGCUUCAGAGAGGAUCAGAUCCUGUCCGACCUGGCCCACGCCAACGGCCUGUACGAUAGCGUCGCCGACGUCUCCGGCGGGAGCCUGAUGAACGGCGGCUUCUCGCUGGACGCCUCGAGCCCCUACUCGCCCUCGUCGGUCGGCUCGCUCCCCGGCCACGCCCACCUGCUGGGGGCCGUGGGCUUCGGCAUGGACGGGCUGACGGGAGCGGGGGGUCAGGCGCUCAGAGGGGUCACCUCCGACCUCUCCACGGGGAGCAGCACCGGAUACCCCGACUUCCCCAACAGCCCGGCGUCCUGGCUGGACGAGAUGGACCACGCCCAGUUCUGA